CGCAGAGGCGGCGGCGGGGUCCGGGGGGAGCUCGGCGGCAGUCGCGAGCAGAACGUCGGCGUCUCGGCAGAAGAAAAGAGACGGCUUCUACCAGAAACUGGGCAGCCGGACGACGGAGGAAGGCGGACGAGCUCCGAAAGCCGGCCAGGGGCAGCGCCAGCGGCUUUGCCCGCCCGCGCCAAACGCCCCCGCCCCGUGCGCGGCGGCGGCGGCGGCGGCUGAGGCAGUUCAGGCGCACCUCUUGAGGCGACCCCGCUUCGGCGCUGUUCCCACCGGCACGGCGAGCCACGAAAAGGCAUGAAUGGGGCGCACCGGCAGCCACAAGUGCGCUCUCGGGCCCGCCUGACGCGUGCGCUCCCGACGGAGUCUCCCGGGCGCCUGCCUCCUCGGAAGCUGCCCAGCAGCACAGCGGAAUUCGGAGCCCGGGCGAAGCGGUGAAGCCGGCAGCUCGCCCUUCCCCCCGGCCCGAUUUGCCCCCUGCGCGGACGCCUUCGCACUCAUGGAGAGGAACCCCGGCGGGGCGAGGCGCCGAUCCGCUUCCUCCUCUACCUCGAGAGCGGCCAGCGAUUCUUCCUAGGCUAGAAGUCCAACCCGCUCCCGAGGCCGGCGGGGAAAUCCUUCAUGCCCCUUCUUGCCAAGUGCCAAGCUGCAGGAUCUGCCCGGUCGCCCGCACCUUUCUGUGUGCGCGCUUUCCUGCGGAGAUACCCCGCCGCUCUUUCUCCACCCUGCACCACGCCUGAAGAUGCACUUGCGCAGGACUUUACUGCUCCUCUCCCUCUUGAGCUUGGCCACCGUCAGCCUGUCGCUCUCCUCCUGCACGACGCUGGACCUGGAGCACAUCAAGAAGAAGAGGGUAGAGGCCAUCCGGGGCCAAAUCCUGAGCAAGUUGCGCCUAACCAGCCCUCCAGAGAGUGUGGGGCGAAGCCACGUGCCCUAUCAAGUCCUGGCUCUAUAUAACAGCACCCGGGAGCUCUUGGAGGAGAUGGAGGAGGAGAAGGAGGACAGCUGCUCCCAGGACAACUCUGAGUCAGAGUACUACGCCAAAGAGAUCCACAAGUUUGACAUGAUCCAGGGCUUUCCGGAGCACAAUGAGCUGCCACUGUGCCCCAAAGGAGUCACUUCCAACAUGUUCCGCUUCAACGUGUCUUCAGCAGAGACAAACAGCACCAACCUCUUCCGGGCAGAGUUUCGGGUCCUGCGCUUGCCAAACCUCAGCUCCAAACGUUCUGAGCAGCGUAUUGAGCUCUUUCAGAUCCUGAAACCUGAUGAGCAUAUUGCAAAGCAGCGGUACCUCAGUGGCCGAAAUGUAUUGAUACGGGGCUCCCCUGAAUGGCUGUCCUUUGAUGUCACAGAGACGGUCCGUGAAUGGCUUUUGCAUAGAGAAACUAACCUGGGACUGGAGAUUAGUGUCCAUUGUCCAUGCAACACCUUUCAAUCCAAUGGUGACAUUCUGGAGAAUAUGCAUGAGGUGCUGGAGAUCAAAUUCAAAGGCAUAGACAGUGAAGAUAGCCAUGGCCGCGGGGACUUGGGGAGACUGAAGAAGCAAAAAGAUCUACAAAACCCCCACUUGAUCCUGAUGAUGCUGCCUCCACAUCGUCUUGGGAGUUCAACUGUGAGAAGCCAGAGAAAGAAACGAGCACUUGACACCAAUUAUUGCUUUCGGAAUCUGGAGGAGAACUGCUGCGUACGCCGUCUCUACAUUGAUUUUCGUCAAGAUCUGGGCUGGAAAUGGGUGCAUGAGCCCAAGGGAUAUUUUGCUAACUUUUGCUCUGGACCAUGCCCAUACCUUCGCAGUGCAGAUACCACACACAGCACGGUUCUUGGUUUAUACAAUACCCUGAAUCCUGAAGCAUCUGCUUCCCCCUGUUGUGUUCCCCAGGAUCUGGAUCCCCUGACCAUCUUGUAUUAUGUUGGAAGGACCCCAAAAGUGGAACAGCUGUCUAACAUGGUUGUGAAAUCUUGCAAAUGCAGCUGAAAAGGACCUAGUGCAAUCCACAGCUGAAAAACUGCAACCACCACCCUUGGUCCCAGAGUAAAACUCAAACCAUUUCUGCCUUCCUGGCUAUAUCUCCUUGUUCUCUGUGAGGGUUUUUCUCCAUGUAUGGAUAUUUGAGGAGGUGGACACACAUACAAGCUAGAUUUUUAGUGGACAAAGGCCAUCAAAUAAGGAAUUCUCCCAAGGAGGAAAUCAUGAGCAGAGCGGGAGCAUAUAGAACUUAGAGGAAAACUAGACUUCUUUGCCCAUCACUGUUUCUUCGAACUCAACCUUUCUUGCAGGAGGAGGAUGGUUUCCUUUUAACAGAGCAUAUUUUAUUAGCAACCAUACCACAAUGGAAGUAAUUAUUCUGCAGACAGUGAGCACAGGAAUUUGUGGUCCAAAUAGUUCAGAAAGAGGAACUUUCUCACAAAUAGAAACUCUUCUCCACCUUCUCUUUCCUCCUGGAACACCUACUGGAGGGCUUCUGGCACAGAGGUUGGCUUUAUUCCUGUAUCCCAACCCUAUUCUUUGGUAAUCUUUAAAGAAUCUUGAGGCUGUUGUGGUGGUUGAGAUGUUCUAAAGAAAUCUGCCCAUCUUGCACAAGGACCUAGCCUAGGCCAUACCUGCCAAAAUUUUAUACAAAAUGUUAAUCUCAAUGUUGUAAAAAAUUAAAUUUGGGGGAGGGAUAUUAGAAUUUUAUGUUCAAGAAAUUUGUUUCUCCAGAGAGAGAAAUACCUCUACAGCUGUGGAAGAAGCAAGAGAGGUCAGUCUAUAGCACUGAGAAGCACUUAUUGCAACAAGAAGCCACCCUUUUUGAAAACAUUUUUCAGUGACUGAGAGUCAUGGAGGGAAUGGCAAUGCUGCAAUGACAUUGCACGAGGCAGUGGGACCAGAUGGUUCAGUUGUUAUCUAGCCACCUUAAUUUGGUGGUGUUGGGUUAAUGUUUUUUUUCAUUUGUUUUUAAUGAUGUGUUAAACCUAUGUGACUGAACUUGAUGUACUUAUAUUAUUUUGAACUAGCCCCUCUUUAAAAAAAAUUGGAAAAAUCACUCCAUUGUUAUUUGACAUUUAUGAUCCCAAGGGACUGAUCUGUGGGCUCCCUGUGCCUGGUUUAUUAUUAGUUUUUCCAGGAAAGCACACAGACUGACCAAUCCAGAUAAUCUUCAGAGACAUGCACCAGGAUGGAUUGGUUUCAGUGGUCAGGAAUAGAUGUUAAGUAUCAGAGUGAAAGCGGCAGCUCUCUGGUCUGUGGCAGGGAUGAAUGCUUCUUAAGGUCCUAACAACUGAAGAUCCCACACUUUUAGAACAACAGUUGUUUCAGUAUCAGUGUCUCAAUGGCCUUUAUUUAUUGGAUUCAGCCAUAUCCAAAAGGCACCACCUUUGUCAGUCUGACUGCUGGCACACUCUCCCUAUUACUUAUGUGUCAAUUUCACAUGUUUAGACAUUGGGUGGAUAAUUUUUAAAUCAUUAAUUACCCGGAUAGUGGACAAUCUGAAUGAGGAAACAGGUAUGGGGAGGUAAGGGACUUCAUCUCUUUGCCCCAUUGCCGUGGCCCUCUUCCAACUCUUCUUUCAUACAGGAUGGAAGUAGUCACUUUAUGCAGGUCAGGACAACAACAAGGGAGUUUCGGACCCCGCUCCCCCCACUUGGGUUCUAAUCAUAUUGGAAUUCUACAUCUUUACUUCAAAUUUUUUUUUUUAGAUUGUUAAUGAAAGAAUACUGUUGGAAGACCUGAAGGACUAAGUUAGAGACAAAUCUUUAGG